AAAAUCUAAAGCUAAAAUAAAUUGUUAUCUAUUGUAGAUACUAGAUUUUAUUCCGGUCUUAGUAAGAAAAGGAACAAAUUAUAAUAAUGAAUUCAUGGAUUUAUUUAUUUAUUAUGUUUGAAAUAUCAACACAACCUGCACAAACUGUGAUUGUCUGUGACAUCCUCGGAUUACACGAAGAAGAUGGCGCUUGUUAUUGGGUAACAGACGCAGAAUACAAUAUGGCAGAUGGCGCUGCUAAGUGCAAUGAAAAUGGAGGGAUACCAGCAAGAGUAAUUGAACAAUCACACCAGGAAUUUCUAGCAAAUUUAAUAUCUGAUUCAUAUCCCCAUGUAGAUGACGUCUACAUUGGUGUGACGAACACUGGGGUAAAUGUAUUUACAGGCUGGUUAGGAAACACAUUGCAACAUACUAACUGGAACGACAACGAGCCCAGCGUAGUGACAAACUCUCAAGUCUGUGUAGUAGCUGAAAAAGCUGAUCAAUUUAAAUGGCAUACUGCUCCGUGUUCAAACUCUUACUACGUGGCAUGUUCCUGUAAUAUGGAUACCACUUCAACUUAUGCUUGCACUAAACAGUCUUCGCCGAACACUUAUUCAUCUCCUGUAGUAAGUGUAGGAGCAAGUUGUACCGCAACGUCGACAGAAUCGAGUUGCACUGCAACGACAACUGAAUCGAGUUGCACCGCAACAUCUACUGAAUCGAGUUGCACCGCAACAACAACCACAAUGUCAACUUUGACGGAAAUAUCAACAUUGGUUAGCUGCACUGAAACAUCGAUAGAAUGGGGUUGCACUGCAACAACUAAAACAAAGUCAAGUUACAUCACUUCGUCAUACGCAUCAAAUGCGAUUGAGAUUGGACAAAGUGACACAUUUUACAAUUUUCUAUCUGAAAAUUUUAAUAUCGGCUUCGUAUCAGCAUCAUCGAUAAUGUCAGACUCGGGCAUUUAUAAUGAUAUAAGUAUCGAUUCGUCAUUUGAUACUAAUCUUGCGUCCGGUUAUCAUCCACCAACAUUGGCAGCAAAUGACCUUCAAAAAAAGAUUGAAAGUCUAACAAAAGAAAUCGAAGUUGACAGGAGACAAACUAGUAAUUUCUUAAGAAAAUUUUACAGCGCCAGUGAUCCUAGGACAUCCUCAGCAGUCAUUGGAGCGUUCGGAGUAAUAUUUUUUUCCUUAAUAACGAUUAUUAUUAUUGGUUUAGAUGUUCCUAUUCUGAUUUUAAAUCUUAAAACUACCUUCAAUCGCUUAAGAGACACUGUCAACAGAAACGAAUCUAUUCAAAUCCAUAACGACAACAGACCUAAAAUGUCUAAUGUUUAGAGAAACAUGUAACAGAUUCACAUAUACACGUCUAAUAAUUGACUAAAAUCAGAUAUCUUGCGCAUGCUCCAAUGCAGUUUAAAAAAAGAUAUUUAGAACUAGUAGGUUAAUAUUUAUUCUUAUUCCAGUCCUCUCUAAUCUAUAUAGUUAAUUUAGUCCAA